AUGAGUAGCAGCUUCCUUUCAGAAGCCCACACCGACAUCCCCCUAGACUUCGACAAACCCAUCCUGGCGGUGCCCGACUCCCAUGCGUGGCCGAAAUCUGAUGACGCGCCGACUGGGGACUGGUCUGAGAAACAACGGGGAAUACCCACCGUUGAUCUCAGCGAUCCGAAUGUCGCAGAGGUCAUCGGCCGUGCGUGCGAGCAGUGGGGCGCGUUCCAAGUCACGAACCACGGCGUUCCCUUGCGCCUGCUGAAGGACGUGGAGGCUGAGGCACGGAGGCUCUUCUGUCUCCCGACUCGGCAGAAAAUGAAGGCUUUGCGCUUGCCGGGAGGCUCCACAGGCUACGGCAUCCCCAAGAUAUCGAACUUCUUCUCUAAGUUGAUGUGGCAUGAAGGUUUCACCAUCAUGGGUUCGCCGGUUGACCAUGCCAGGGAACUCUGGCCAGAUGACUAUGAGCGGUUUUGUCGAGUAAUGGAGGAUCAUCAGAAGAAGAUGAAGAAGCUAGCCAAGCAGAUCUUGGUUUUAAUUCUUGAUUGGUUAAAGAUAUCCAAAGAAGACAUUAAUUGGUUGUGUGACACUUCCUGCACUCUCGCUCUUCAGCUCAACUCUUACCCUUCUUGUCCAGACCCGAAACAUGCCAUGGGACUUGCACCCCACACUGACACCUCCCUUUUCACCAUAAUAUACCAGAGCCAUGGUAGUGGUCUCCAACUCUAUCAUGAUGGGGUUGGGUGGUUAACGGUGUCGCCUGUUGCUGGUGCACUCAUUGUCAAUGUUGGCGACAUCCUCCAUAUUCUUUCUAAUGGUAGAUUCUUGAGUGUUCUUCAUCGUGCAGUUGUGAACCGGACACAACAUCGGGUAUCAAUGGCCUACUUCUAUAGCCUGCCUUUGACUUCCAAUGUCUUUCCCCUCCCCAUGCUUACAAAUUCAAGGGAGAAACAUCCUCGAUAUCGAUCAAUAAUGGUGAAAGAGUACUUUGACAUCAAGGCGAAGCAUCUAAAUGAUGCACUCUCUUUAAUUAGAACUUGA